AUGUAUGGCGCAGCGAAAAGGCUUGAGGAUGUGACAGAAGAGCCCCAAGAGAGAGACGAGUUUUCAGGCUACACCUUGGUCAACAACAGCCCCUACGAUCUCGUUGAUUACAACAAGGCUUUUGCCGAUAGUCACGACCACCCCUCCCCCUCAGGUUCACCUGUACUCGUGCAACCCGAGUGGACCUUACGCGAUGCCAGUGACUGGUCCACGCCAUCCCUUGAGCAACGUCAUUUCAAACGGCCGAGAUCCAUGGAUCAGACUCCCCAGACAGGCUCGCAUCGUCUGAGUAGUCGACUAGGCUCGAUAUCCCGACGCUGGAGAAACAGGUCUGCUGCUGGCCCCCAGCUGUCCUUGAUCACCCACCUCAACUCUCCUGCUUCUCGCUCCGGCUCACUUAAUGGUUCCCAAAUCCUCAGCCCAGCGCUAAGUGCGAUCUCCAAGCACGAGAGUGUAAUUGCAUGCUCUCCUUCGCAAGCCACCGCUAGCCAGAGUUCCUUGGAAGUGGAGUCUCAGCCUAUUGAUAUCGAGUGGAAGCCUUCCAACCAAGACGAGCCCAGCCAGGCCACCACGCCCCUCCUUCCACCCGUCCUCUCUGAGCUACUCUCAAAAGAACCUCCGGUGCAUUCACCCCUUCAAUCUCCGUCCAUUGCUCCGACUUCCACUGUGAUGAGUGCACGUACAUCCCUAGACACUCCCUCGCUACCAUGUCUUCCCUCCCCACCACUCUCCACCAAGCCAUCCAUGAUCUCUUUGCAUAACAGAUCUCGGACCAGUACAGUCACAGGAGAUAUACCACUGUUGCAACUACUGGAUGAUACCCACGACCCAUGGGCUGUGAAACUCGGACAUGCCAACUUCUCCAUCUACCCUGAGCCGUACGUCCCCGAGACCAUAACUCUCGACUCCUACGCCGAGUUCAGGAACAAUUGGGAUCAAGCACGAACAAACUAUGCCAAACAAAUUGCGAGGACUGCUGAACAUUAUGGCCCAACCUCCAAGGUCUAUAGACUCACCGAGGAGAAAUGGACCACUAUCGACAAUCAGUGGAAGAGACAACAUGCCAUCAUGAGGAAAGCUCUGGCCCCUGUCCUAACUCGUCUGAGCGAUGGCGACUCCGAAAUGCAAGAUUCGACAGCGUCGAGUGCAAUGCUUGAGAAGCCCCUCACAAAAGUGAUUUUGCCCGUCAUUGAUGAUAAGAGUGGUAAAUUUCCCGAGCUUGGAGACAUGGAAAUCAUUGGGCCCAUGUCGGUAGCUCGACCGCGAGCCGCCACAAACCCCAAUAAGCCGGUUGAGACACGAGGUUCACCUGCUUCGCCCCAAAAACGAAAUCUCCUCAAAUUCCUCUCUGAAAUCUUUCGCACCUAA